AUGGGCGACACCAUAGCUGCUGGGAAUCACGAGGUUCGGGACCUCGAUGGCCCCUCAGAAACCAUUCUGGACUGGGCUCUGCUGGUCGGCUCCAUCAUUUUCCCGGAAAUAUUCUCGCCGCUUGGUCGGAUGGGCGUCCUCAGGAACCCUGCAACAGGAGCAGCGGCGCAGCUCGCCAUCCGUAACAUUCCGCGUCGCUACCUUGCCGGAUGUUCCUGCCUGCUGCUCAGCUUCGGCGUGGUUUGGCUGUGGUGGACAAUCCGGUACAACUACCUCUGGCUGAUUGCCCGCGUUUUUGUGGCCCUGGUCUACUCAUUCCGGUAA